GUCAAAUCUCAGUAUUUUUCUUAAACUGUGGUUGUUUACUGAACUGUUUAUUUGAUUGUUCAUAGGCGUCUUGCAGCGUCUUGCAGCGUCUUGUUUAUAUAUAUAUAAGCGUCAUACGCAAUUCUGGCGAUUCUGGUAUUCGAGCGUGCGUUUAAAAAGAAUAUAUGUAUAUGUGAUGUUGAUCGUUAGAUUGUAGAUUUUGGUUUACGAAUUACUUUCAAGAAUGAGGAUCGCCGUAGAAGGUUGCGCCCAUGGCGAAUUGGAAAUUAUUUACGAGACUAUACAGGAAAUUGAAAAAGUCGAUGGGAGAAAGAUAGAUUUACUUAUUUGCUGUGGUGAUUUUCAAGCUAUCAGAAAUUUAAGCGAUCUGAAAUGUAUGGCAGUACCAGAUAAAUACAAGGACAUGUGUACAUUUUAUAAAUAUUAUUCAGGUGAGAAGAAAGCUCCAGUGUUGACAAUUUUUAUCGGAGGCAAUCAUGAAGCGUCAAAUUAUCUACAGGAAUUGGCAUAUGGAGGAUGGGUUGCACCUAAUAUUUAUUAUCUAGGAUAUGCUGGUGUGGUGCAAGUGGCUGGAAUCAGAAUUGCAGGACUAUCAGGCAUAUACAAAAGUCAACAUUGGACGCAGGGGCAUCAUGAAAAACCUCCAUAUACCGAUAGUACCAUAAGAAGUGUAUAUCAUAUCAGGAAUUUAGAAGUCUUUAGGUUAAAACAGCUCUCUGGCAAAAUUGAUAUUUUUUUCUCACAUGACUGGCCAACAGGUGUAACAAAAUAUGGAGAUGAAAACGCAUUACUGAGAUUAAAACCAUAUUUUAAGGAUGAUAUAAAAAAUAAUGUUCUUGGUAGUCCUCCAUGCAUGGAAUUGUUAGAACAUCUUCAUCCAUCCUACUGGUUUUCUGCACAUUUGCACUGUAAAUUCGCAGCGCUUGUUCCUGAAAAGGGAGGAACGCGAGUAACAAAAUUUUUAGCACUCGACAAGUGUCUGCCAAAGCGAAAGUUUCUGCAAGUACUGGAAAUACGUUCGCAGGAAAAUGGUCCGAUACAUUUGAGCUAUGAUCUCGAAUGGUUAACAAUAUUGUAUUUAACGAAUCAUUUGUUGAGCGUCAAAAACAAUUUUCACUUUAUGCCUGGGCAAUUUGGCGCUGAAAGAUGGCUGUACACGCCUAGCGCAAAGGAGAAACAGACUGUGCAUGAGAAGUUUGAUUCUGACUUGCAAAUUCCUCUCAAUUUUACUCAAACCGUCAAAUCGUAUGAUCCAUAUGACAUGAAAACUCAAGUUGAGCAGCCGCAACUGAUGAUAAACGAUCAGACCACCAAAUUCUGCGAGAUGUUGGGUAUCGAUGAUCCAUGCGCUCUAUUGCAGAUUAUCGCGAACGCUACGAAGGAUAAGAAUAAGUUGAGCAAAAGAUCAGUGGAAACAUCCAGUGAGUAUGCAGAGUCCGAAUCCAUGGAAAUUUCGUUCGAAGAGGAGAAUAUACUGAGUUCUACUUUUGAGGAGAACUCGACAAAUAAAUAUUUCAUCGACAAUUCGUCGUCAAACUUAUCUCCAAAGAGUGACAGCGAGGACUAUCACAAUUCGGACUGCAUAGAUACCAGUAAAAGCGUCUUAGAUGAUAGCGUUAAUAGUUCAACCACGAUUGCAGAAUCCACUUCGACUGAAGAUAAUAAUGGACAAUGUGCACAAACUGAACCAAACUGCAAGAAAUUCAAACGGCGAAAUUAUUCUAUAUAUUCUAGCACAUUUGCCAAUUCUUCUCGAUUGUCUAUCCUGAGCGCAAAAAUGGAUAAGUUGACUAUCGUCUCAGGAUUAUUGUUCCUGCUUGCGGAUAUCUCCGCAAUAAUCAGUAUCGCCAUGCCGGAUUGGAUCAUUACCGAUGUCGGCGGCGAUACAAGAUUAGGUCUCAUGUGGUCAUGCAUGACCUUGUAUAACAGACCACAAGUCUGUUAUAAGUCAGAUCUGCAAUCCGAAUGGCUGAUGGCACUGGUCUGUAUAUUCGUGGGUUGUAUUUUGAUAACAGCAACCAUAAUAUUACUGGUCAUUUCACAUUGGGAUCGUAGUGUCAUUCCUUAUGCACGUUGGGUAGGAUUUGGUGCUAUGGUACUGUUUUGCCAUGCAGCAGUGAUAUUUCCAAUGGGAUUCCACAUUGACGAAAUCGGCGGGCAGCCUUAUCAGUUGCCUAACUCGCAUCAAGUUGGAAUUGCCUAUAUUUUGUUCGUCUUAGCAUUAUGGAUUACAGUAAUCUCGGAACUUUUUGCGGGCAAAGUCUGUCUGCCACAUUUUUAGCGUUUACGUGUACAAAUUCGUAAUAAUUAUGUUCUACGGAUAUUUCCAUAUAAUAUUCAGUUUAUACUGAGUAUUAUAUUAUCGGUUUGUAUUAUAUUUAUAUGUAUACAUGUACAUAGUAGUUUUUAUUUGGGACGAAAUUAUGUUGUCCAAGGUCGUACAAACAUUUGAAUUUUUUAUUGCUCUGAGGAGAACGUUUAAAUCUAUCAAUAACGAAUUGUCGCGCAGCGCAAAUGUUUGUUGAUCAUAAUAUGUAAAUAAAAUAUAGAUAACUUUUUUUAAACAAACUUUGAAGAAAUGUUUAUAUCGAUUGUUUGAGAUCUUGAAAGUUUUAAAUAAUUUUAGAUUUAUCAGCAUAUAGUGAGAACCACAUACCUACUUUUGAUAUUCUGUAUUAUCUUCUCUUCAGCAUUUAUGUAUAUUAUAGUUAUAGAAAUGCAAUAAAAGUUGGUGGAACUUUCUCAA